GGCCCCGCGCGAAGCUUUAUAAGCCGACGCCCCGCCAGCCUCGGCGCUCAUCGUGCUGAAGCUUUGGGGGCGCUGCGUGGAUUCUGCGGCUCCGCAGCACCGGUCGUGAUGGCAUCAGACGAGGGGAAGCUCUUUGUCGGCGGGCUGAGUUUUGACACCAAUGAGCAGUCGUUGGAGCAGGUCUUCUCUAAAUACGGACAGAUCUCUGAAGUUGUUGUGGUGAAAGACAGAGAGACUCAAAGAUCCAGAGGUUUUGGCUUUGUUACGUUUGAAAACAUAGACGAUGCUAAAGAUGCAAUGAUGGCCAUGAAUGGAAAGUCUGUAGAUGGACGUCAGAUCAGAGUUGAUCAAGCUGGAAAGUCAUCAGAGAACAGAUCUCGUGGAUACAGAGGGGGUUCUUCUGGGGGCAGAGGCUUUUUCCGGGGCGGCAGAGGUCGGGGCCGUGGCUUCUCCAGAGGAGGUGGAGACAGAGGCUAUGGCGGAAGCAGAUUUGACUCCAGAAGUGGAGGAUAUAAUGGUUCCAGAGACUACUAUAAUAGCAGCAGGAGUCAAGGUGGCUAUGGUGACAGGUCUUCAGGAGGAUCCUACAGAGACAGCUAUGACAGUUACGGUAAGUCUUGGUUCAAAUGGGAAUGAUGCGUACGUUGCUGUAGGAACUCUCUUAAAUCUUCUGACCCUGUUCUGAAGUCUGGAAAUACUGUAAGGCUCAGUUGGACUGUGCCACUAUUUCUGUUCUUGCCCGUAAGAACCAAUCUGUCAGGCUUUGGACGUGGUUGUGCCAUUUAAAUUUCUAAUUUGUAAUGCAUGUGUAGGAGUGCUUGGAUCUAAGGCAAAGCAAGUUUUUUUUAAAUACGUUCUUCGAGCUUGAGACUAAGCCAAAACUCAGAAGCCCUAACAAACUUUAUUCAAGGGUGGGGGAAUUCUCUUACAUUGUAGCGCACUAGCUUCUGGAAUAAUGCAAGGGAGUAAAAUGCUGGAACUUGUCUAUGCUUCAGUGCCUUUACAAUUGUGCCUGCUUCUUGUCCUCAGCUACACACAACGAGUAAAAAUCCUUCCUGACUCAAGAUCGUCCUUCCAAUGGCUGUAUUUAUAAAGAUUUUUGGAGCUUCGCUGAAAUCGUUAUUGUGUAGUACAUCUACUUGUAUUUUCACUUUUGUAGUAUUAUCAGUUCUAAUCUUGUCAAACACAGCCUGACAGCUUCUGAUAUAAGAUGGUCUAAUUAGACUUUUCUUUAAGAAAGCUCUGCUUUCAAGUGUUUUUAAUCUUUUUUGAAAGCACUUCAGAUUUUAUUUUAUCCUUCAUGAUGAGCCAAGGCGUUUUUUUAAAGUUGGGGCCCCAAUUCAGUUUCUUUUGAGAUAGAAAGGACCUUUAAUUCAAUGUUCACUAGAAGCUGAACAAGCUGUGGACUUUCUUUUUUUUUUUUUUAAGUGCAUUACCUUCGUCUUUUGUAACAUUCCUUUAGUGUAGCAAGGUAGGAAUGCAGCCUGGGUACAAAUUGGAAGGCAAACCACCUUGAUAUAUCUAAAGAGAAACUCGCUUGUAUGUUCAACCUGCAUAACGGUAUUUUUACUGUUGUAAUGAUGUAAAUUACCCAGAAGUAGACUUGCAAACUUACCAUAAAAGAGGUUCUUGAAAAUGUUUAUUUAUAUUGUCCUUUUUUACUGGAAGAAAUAUGCAUAUUCCAUUGAUAUUGUAUUUGAAGUGGUAAAGGAUUCUUGUAUACAGUUUUCUUUGGCUUUACGAAGCCUAUUAAAAGACCGUCUGAAAUGAA